AUGGCAGAAGCAAAGCAACGUAACACUCCUCCAGUAUCAGCUGACGAGAAAGUCGUGCAGCAUGCCGAUAGCAAUGCUGUCUUCUGCGAACACCAUGAAGGUCCAAGCCAGCUGCCUCAAACACUUGGUAAUGUAAUCUAUAUCAAUGACGAAGAAGAGCCAGAGCUUCACUUGCCAACUUGGAUUGCCCUUGGCUCCAUUUACCUUCUACUGGCUGGACAGGGUCUCGCGUUCCAAGGUCCUCCUGCUGUUCUUUCAUUUAUUGGAGCAGACCUUGGGAACACAAAUGCGCAAACCUGGGUUCCCAACGCGCUUGCUUUGGUGCAAGCAGUGAUCGGACCCGUCAUAUCUUCUGCUUCGGACAUAUUCCAAGUGCGAAAGCCUAUUCUCGUGGCCUCCUGCACGGUUGCACUCAUUGGCACAGCGAUUGCCCCUGGAGCCACAGAUAUCUACCGGGUGAUUGGGGCACAAGCUUUGAUUGGAGUCGGCCUAGCUGCAGUACCUCUGAGCUAUGUGGUGCCCAGUGAGAUACUACCCAGAAAGUGGAGACCCAUGGUUCAAGCAUCCACGGGUGUUGUUGCAGCCAUAACUGCCAUGGCUGGUCCAUUGACAGUAGGUGCACUUACAAAACGCGACCCCCACACCGGCUGGCGAUUGUUUUACUGGAUCAUGUUUGCAAUAUGGGGUGCUGCUGCAGUAGGCAUCAUUUUUGGAUAUAGACCUCCAAAAAGACACACACGCUUAGAUCACCUCUCGUUCAGUCAGAAACUGGGCCACCUUGACCUUCCUGGGUUUGGUCUCUUGGCUGCAGGAUUGACGCUCUUCUCGGUUGGUCUAAGCCUGGGUGGAGGCCUUUACUCGUGGACUGAUGCUCACACAUUGGCGACCUUGAUCUCCGGCUUCUUCGUUCUCCUUGGCUUUGGCUUCUACGAGUGGAAGUGUACAAAAAAUGGUAUACUUAACCAUGAGCUAUUUCGCGGAGGAAAGAAUGGGGGGAGAAUCUUCGGGAUCUGCAAUGGAUUGAUGGUUAUUGAAGCAGUUCUUGGCUUCCCUUUCAUCAUCUUCUACUCGGUGGUGACAACCGCAUUAUUCACUAGAGAUCCUUUCAUGGUCGCAGUGCGUCUCUUACCAUUUUGGGGCGCGUUCCUCAUCAGUUGCCCACUUUGGGGUUUUCUGAGCACCAAAUUUCGAACGAUUCGAGAGCCACUGUUUCUCGGAUUCUUAUUGUUUACCGUAGGAAACAUUGGUAUGGCGACACUGAACCCAGGUGACAACGCGAGUCAACUUGCUUUUGCGGCAGUAGCAGGCAUAGGAUUUGGAUCACCUUUAAUAUUGAUCAUAGCAGGCGUCCAACUAUCCACUCCCCAUCAGCUAAUCGCUACCGCUACGGCAAUCACCAAUUCUGCCCGUGCAGUAGGUGGGACAAUUUUUACUGCCGCGUAUACCUCAGCGCUUUCCAAUUCUCUCUCCACAAAGAUCCCCACCUACAUAGCUGAUGCCGCUGCUCGAGCUGGCCUUCCCGGCGGCUCAAUUGCGACUUUUAUCGGCGCGAUUGUCAAUGGAGAUGCACCCGCUUUGAGUGGUAUCCCGGGAGUGAACUCAACAAUUAUUCAGCAGGGCUUCUUGGCAUUAGAACAGGCGUAUGCAGACUCACUGCGCCUGAUCUAUAUCAUCGCAGCUCCGUUCGGUAUUAUUGCAUGCAUACUUUGCCUGUUCCUGGGCGAUUUGGAAAAGACUAUGACUUAUCGGGUUGACGCUCCAAUUGAGGAUUUGCAUGCUAGACUUCGUCACGAUGUUGCGGAACCGGAACAAGUUUCUCGGGCUUAA